UAAUCUGUAUAAAAAUCUGUAUUGUACAACAGUUACAGUUUAAUGCAAUAAACAUUGAACAUUCGUAUCUAAUGUACAACUACCAACAAACAAACAAAACAACAAACAAAACAACAAACAACAAUCAGUGACAGCUUGGGCCUUGUUGCCGUUCAGCGGGCCUGAUCACGUGGUAGGAUUUGCGCAUGCGCGGAUUGUUGCUUAUGGAGAGAAGAUGCCCAGUGCCAUCAUCCCCGUGUAGUGCAGGAGGAGAGCCACUGACCGGUCCUAUUUACCGGCGCAGACCCCGCUGACUGUUUUUCUUUCAGCACAGUUGCAUGUUGCAGUGUGACACGAGGAGCCUGAUGUCUGUGGCAAAUGCAAAACACACUGUCCUGAAUCCGGUGAUCCCAUACACAGGGCCCAUACCAGGAGGCCUGCACCCCGGGGAGAUCAUCAUCAUCCAGGGCACUGUGCCCCCAGAUGCUGACAGGUUUCAGAUCGACCUGUCUAGUGGCUGCAGCACCAAGCCGCGCUCUGACAUCGCCCUCCACUUCAGCCCUCGCUUCAAAGGCUCGCCCUGUGUGGUGUGUAACUCCCUGCUGCAAGAGAGCUGGGGCAAAGAGGAAACACUCCAUCAGCUGCCGUACAAACGUGGCGCCCCGUUUGAGACCAUCAUCCUUGUGCACGAAGACGUCUUCAAGGUGGCAGUAAAUGGUGCUCACCUGCUGGAAUACAAGCACAAAAUCCCAUUAAACAGGGUCGACACAUUUUCUAUUUGUGGCAAAGUCAGGGUGCACGCUAUUGGCUACAUCCCAAACUCAGCAAUAUAUUCAGAAUCAGGUGACUUGAGCCUCCCUUACAAAGGCAGUAUAAUUAAAGGACUGAGCCCCGGACAACACAUCACAAUCAAAGGACAGGUCAGCACGUAUCCUCACAGUUUUACAGUGAACCUCCGCAACAGCAGGACAGAGAACAUUGCUCUCCAUUUGAACCCUCGCAUGAAGUCCGGCGUGUUCACCAGGAACUCGUACCUGAGUGAGUCCUGGGGUCAGGAGGAGCGGGAGCUGCCCUUCUUUCCCUUCUCGUCAGGGGAGUACUUCGAGAUUCUCAUCCUCUGUCAGCCCCAUCAGUUCAAGGUGGCAGUGAAUGGCUCACACUUGUUUGAGUUCAGACAUCGGGUGCAGGAUCUGAGCAGCAUUGACCAGCUGGAGAUCAUGGGGGACCUGGAGCUCACUGAUGUGAAACUGUGGUGACUCAGGACUCUAGACUUACACAGAAACCAGCGUAACAGACACAACAGUUGUGUUUUGGUUAUCGAUGCUAAAUUAGCUUAGCCACAAUGAACCACACUAUGGAUGCUGAAAAAAGGCCAUCUCUGUGCUGACUUCAGGCCAGGUUAGUCUUGCAGCAACCAUAGGUCACUGAUUUUAAGCUAGUCUAGCAUUUUUGGUGACCAGAGACCAUGGACAGGCCCUACCAUGGAGUAUUAACGGCCCACGUUUCCAGCCCUGGCUAGACGACUGAUGCAUGAGAGUUAGCUGUGCUGGAGCAUCAGACUGUGAGCCACUGUGACUGUUUACAGCUGCAAGUUAGGUUUGCAUUGGUCCAUUUCUUACACUGUCUCUAGUGCAUCUCUGCUGUAAUACGCCCUUAGUGCACUGUAUAAUUAAAACAGGAAAUGUGUAAAUGUUAAUAAGCACUCAAGUGCUGGCUUUGUUUAAAUGCCAAGAGAGUCAGCUAAUACAAACAAUGAAUGACACUGAAGGGCUCCAUUCUUUGGAGCGAGUCCCAAUAAAGGAUAAUUUACUGUACAGCUAAUUUAAAAACAAACAGUUCUGAUCAUUACUAAAUAAUUAGUAGUGGUUAUACUCUUUCUUUGGAAAUUAAAAUGUUUGAAUGUAUGGUUAAAAUAAUUUUCACCUGCUUUUUAUUUUUACAUACAAUUUUAAUUAAAGAGGACCUGCCUACUUUAGGCAUGCCCACAUUUCUGUGUUUCAUACAUUGUUUUUUUAAAAAAAAAUCAGUCUGCUAUAAAGGUUGUAAUCCUCAGGAUUCUUUAACACAUGACAGCAUCCCAUGCACUUGACAAUUAAGUCAAUUUAACAUGUAAUGGUGCAGAAGAACUCAAGCACAGCGCAGUACAGGGUCAGUAAAAUAUAACUAUUUCAAUAACAAAUUACAUUUUGCAAUCUUUAUGCAAGCUAUAGAAUAUAGUAGAAUCCUGCAUCUGUGACCAUCUGUUGUCUCACUGCUCUCCCACUCAAUGCUGCAAUGAUCCAUCCUGCUAAUAAAAAAUAAGGGGUAUUUCUUCUCCGGUGUCAAUGUUUUGUUUUUUUUGCAUUGUCUGUUGUAAUUGUUGUAAAAUAUGUAUGAAAAAACUUCUCUAUGUAUCAUAAAUGAUUUAAUAACAAAUAAAUGUGUUACUAUUAA